AUGACAAACGAAGCCACACCUCUUCUCCCGAAAUGGCACAAUGCCACCAAUGGUAAUGCCGUCAACGACAACGUCAGCAAAGACACUCUCCCCGGCAGGAUACCUUCCGGCAUAUUACGUCAUUACCAUCUCUACUGUCACCGCCUCUCCCUUUUCUCAUCUGCGCUUCGUUUGACGUUGCGUCUGCUGCGUGGAAAAGACAAACGCCUGGACAGAGACACUGUGUGGGAACUCAGGUGGAUUGCAUGGUACUUCUCACUGGCCACGGUCAGUGCGGUGCUUCAGGCAUACAUCCUACCAAAGUUCAACCUGAGCGUCUACGCAAAAUUUGCCAUCUCCGUCGGCGUCUCGGAGCUCGUCAACUCCUUUGUCGAGCUGGGCAUCAGCCGCCAUGUCCGCGCCGUCGGGGCGGCCCUCACCACCCACAUUUUCGAACACGUGUUCGGCUGGGUCGGGGAGAAGAGCGAGGAGACAUCGAGGAGGCGUUGUCUCGCCCUCGUCAAGGAGUCGCUCAGGAAGUCGGACGGUCUCGGGAACUUUCUGUUCGCAGCCACCAAGGGUCUUCAGGUUUCGGUCUCGGUGCUCGUCGGCAUGUGCUGUGCUGUGUGGUCACGGCUCGGCGUCUGGUCGUUUCCGCUCAGCGUCUUCGUGACCUGGGUCUUCGUUGGGGGAUUGGCCGUCACGCAGUGGUCGCUGUCGUGGAAGAACACCGAGUCCCUCAACGAGGCAAGAUCGACCCUCAACCAAGAAAUCAUCCAACGGCAGGCACAGAGUUCUCAAGCUGAGGCCGCUUCCAACCUCGAGGCUGGUCGCAACAUCGAUGGCUCCCUCGAUGCCGAGGCCGCUCUCGGACUCGCGACUGUUCACAAACUCGUGGCCGACCACGAUCUCAGCACCUCUCUCAAAAACUACCUGAAGCUGGCGCAGAGGCAGGCGGUCAUCGAAGUGGUCCGACGUCACCUCCUUCAGGUACUCGUCUUCGCCGUCCUCGCCUUCACGCACGACAUCUCUCUCUGCGUCCGACUCUGGCGCGAUUGCCAGGCUCUCGAUGGCGUGUUCCAGAAGUUCAUCAACUCGAUCGCUCAGCAGUCGGUCGUGCGAGAGGCCACCACCUUGGACCAGGCGCUCCUGUCUCUCAACCAGGGAUACAAGUUCAUGGAGAAGGCCGAGUGCACGUUUUGGGAGGAGGUGAGGUGCGAGACCUGGGAGAUUCUGCGGCAGAUGGGGGUCGGCGUCUGCUCCCGGUCAAGGCGAUUGUUGUCGAGGCGUGGUCCUCCGCGGCAGCCUCGGUCGGGGUACGGGGCGGUUGGCGUCCUCAGGCGGUCUCUUACGAUUUGA